AUGUUUGGUCAUGACUACAGGGAAAUGGCACAAGUGGAAGCUGGUUUAUCCGAAUUUUGGGGACGAUUCCGCCACACAUGGCCUGACCAUGAUGUUUACACUACUCAUGCCCAGCACUUGUCCCGCUGCAUACCCUGCCGAAUGCAUGCUGAUGAAGGGACUUCAUUCCGGCGAGCUGGCAUCUAUCAGCAGAGUUGGGGCCCCAUUAUAAAGGCAGGGCCAGCAAGUGCAUUGCACUGUUUCUUUUACACAGCCAUGUUGGCAGAUGACUACAAGGAAGACCAUGUUGGCUAUGGUGCAGGCAACAACACCCUGGACAGUCUCAUGAGACACUUCGUGGAGGAUGCGAUGGACUGCUACUUGAAUGGUGUGCCUUCAAGGCAGGGGCUGUUCUACAUCGUGAUACUCCGUCUGGAAGGAGAUUUGCCAGCCCAAGCCAAACUGUCCCACUCAGGGCGCAAUUAUACGAAUGACCCCAACCCUAUAUGCAGUUGGUGCCUUGCGGAUGGGAGACAGAUUCCAUUCGGGGAUUUCAGGAGGACUGCAGCCUGGCGGGCAACGAUUUCCCAGCAACCCCCUUGGAUGUCGAGGAGUCCUCUUCAUGAUCUACCAGGAGGUGAAGAUGUUAGGUUCCUCUCGAAGGACCUGUUCCACAUUUCACAGUUGGGCAUUACAAGGACCUGUGUUGCAUCUGUGAUAUGCUUUUUGGUCACGAUGGGCCAUUUCCAACCGUUGGUUGGUGGUACAUCGGUGAAAGGCUCGGACGCACGCUUGCUCACGAAAUGGCUGGUAGACUAUUUGUCCCGUCCAUUUCUUCUUGAUGAGAUCUCCCAACAUGUGUUUGAACUGCUCUAUGCCAUAGACGACUUCCAUCGGUUGUGUUACAAGCAGUGUGCACGCAUCUGGAUGAAUGAAGCACAAAUGGAGGCAGCUCGCAAAUCCCUGGGCCGAUUCUUGGUGAACUACUCGAUGGCAGCCAAGAAGUGCCAUGAUCGGGGGUGGUUGUUCUUUAACAUCACCCCGAAAUAUCAUUACAUGUUGCACAUCGAGCACGACUUGCGGAUGUCCAUGGGCCAUGAAUGGGGUUUUAACCCCGCUUGCUUUGCCACUGAGAUGGAUGAAGACUACAUGGGAGUGUCAAGCAGAAUGUCCCGUGCUGCUCAUGCACUUGGUGCUCCUCGCCGAACAGCGCAACGGUGGCUCAUUUAUUCCUGGUCCAAGUGGCGGCCCUGGAAGUUUCACAUGUGA